AUGUAUGCUAUAAUAUUCGAUAGCGCGGAUUCCAUGUCAAACUCAUACUUUUGCCUAAGUCAGUACCUAUCGCGUUCCUCUCGCGAGUCUAGAAAGUCAGAGGUUACAGUAAGCCACUCGGUGGCCGUUUGGAAUGAAGAACUUCUCUGGAGACUUAUUAAUUCCCUAUUAUCAACUUUAGCGAUCGUCCAUGCAGCUGGGUUUCACUACGGCGGACAAAUUACCACUGAGGAUAUCGUUUGCUUUGCAAUUCCUAGGCAACUAAGUAUGCACCUUGAAAAUUCAUUGAAUUAUCUCUGGGACAAAAUUGGACGCAAUAGAUGGAAUGCUGACGAUAUCAAAUUGUUUAUUCACACCAUCAAUAGUAGUAUUAUAUUGCCUUCCGCUCCUAUUGUUUCACAAACUCCAAUCUAUCGAACUUUCUUUACUUUGACCUGCAUCCCAUGUAGUGCGUUUUCAAAUCCCAGCAACCUUUCCAUUUCAGAGCGUGAAUCUUGUCAACAAAAGGACUUGAAUUCUGUCGGCAAAAUAUUGCUCUCCAUCAUUGAAGCACAAAAGGUAUCAAAUGUCUCUACUGAAACUCUUGUGAGUUCAGAACUUGAGUUUUUCAUAAAACGAAUGUGUGGGUCUUUUUCCUCCAAUAGCAAUACCACAGACGCACCAGCUGUUCUUUAUCUCACUCGACUCCAGGCGCUUCGUCUUCGCGCCAAUUCGUGGAUUCACUGCCUACUUGCUGAGGAAACUCAUGUUCUUGCGUGCCAUUAUCUCCGAUUACACAAAGCACAGGGCCUAUCUUUAUAUGAGGACAUAAAAUCCGGAAUAUUAACGAACCUCGAUGUUCAGCAAGAUGGAGCCACUCUGAAGGAAAACGCAACUCAUCUUUCGACGUAUGAAACUGAAAUAAAUGCAAAAGCUAAGCUAUUAGAAGCUCGUGAAAAUGAAUUAUCAAUUCGAGAAAAAAAGCUUGAAGCGAUUCUUUCAUUGUAUGAACUAAGUUAUGCACAUCUUGACGAGCUUCCUGAUGCUGAAACUGCGGGCUACACUGAGCUUCGACGUCAACUUUGCGGCCCACUUUUGGAAAAGGACUUGCGUAAUGAAGUGAAAACAGAUUACACCCCUUCACCGAAUCCAAUGUCUUCACCCAGAUAUGAAUUCACUGCUCACAAUGAUCGUACACAAGAUUGCUUUAUGGAAGGUAAUGAAGUUGAUAAUCAUAAUGAUACUUCCUCUCUGUUCUAUCACCAUCUUAACAAUUUAUCAGGAAAAACGAGCAUGGAUGAGACUUCCUAUCGGAUGAUACCGCAACUCAGCUCGGAGCCUCAUUUUUCCUUUUCAGUGCCAGUUGACAGAACAUUACUUGAUAAAACCAAUCAAACAGUUGCAGGAGAAUUCUCCGGAAAUUUUCCACAGAAAGCUGCUGAAGUAAUCAAUAGAGUUGAGGUAAAUGGAAAAAGUACCUCACAUCAUCAGGAUUUGCACAGCAACUUAUGCUCCUACCAAGCUGCUUCAUUUUACGCCAUUACGGAGAAUGACAUAUGCUUUUCUUCAAAAGGAGUUGAGCCCUGUGCUGAGAAAUUGCCUUCCCCAAACUCUUCACACAGUAUUACCGCUCAGCAACCUACUUUCAAUAAAAUUGGCAAUGACUGUAUUCCUAAUAUGCUCCCCAACACGAAUGACUCAGCGUUGUUCUUUCCUCCCAAUACUGCCACCAGCACGCCUCAUACACCACCGAAAAAAAGAAUGAUUCCUCAGGAGAAGCCAUCCAAUGGGUCGUUUUUGUAUUCACCACCUUUAUCUCAAAUCGGGAAUCGAUUGCCUUCUUUUCAACGAUCUUGUAAAACUAUUGAUGAUAAUAGCCCCUGCGAGGCACAAACCAAUGGUACAAGCGAAACUGAGGAUACGUCAAAAGGUUGCGUGGGGGAUUUUCACGUUGAUAACAAGUGCGACAUCCAUUGCACCCCAAAGCAUCCGGUGAUAGGAACACUUGGAAAGGAGGAUCGGAGCGCUCGUAGUAGGUAUUCGACCAUGCUAUCUAAUAUGAGGGCUGAGUGCACCGAUACUAGCAACAGUAGCACUGAUAUUGAUACCACACCCGAACACAUAAAUCAGCGGAAAGUUCUGGUACCUCGAUUAUCUGGUGUGCUAUUUGAUAUUCAAUCCUUUUUGGUCCCCGAGCAUGCUGAAUCUAAAGAGGGAGAUAACCAUCUUAAAACACCAUGUUCUGGGAUAAACAGCAAUCGAAAUUUGACAGCACGACAGUCCUGUCGAGAAUCACGAACAACACGGGGGAAAACUGAACUAGAUCAGGAUUGGAUUCGGCUACACUAUGCUGAAUUGGAAGAGAUGCAAAGCAAUUUUCGCCAAGACAGUGCACCGGGGCGCAAUAUUAUUUCCACUCGCAGUGCCCGCACAACUCCUCGGAGCUUCAAGGUGACGAGAGGGGGGCACCCUCCGGGUGUGUCAAAGGAAUGCCAUAGUAACCAUCCAAAGGUGUCGGAAACCCCUACAGAUGUGGGAGCUGACGCAAACUUUAUAUUGAAACGCUCUACAGUACAAAGAAAGCUGGAAGGACAUCAUGAAGGGAGGGGCCGUAAUAUUAUUUCGCCAAAAAUCGAAGUCGUUACCGAAGAGACACCUAGGUUUGUGGAACUUAGCCCUAAUAAGCCGCCUGCGUCAUCUCAGCAUCAUUCUUCUGUGACAAAGUUGUUCAUAUCCAAUCCUUCUCGAGAUGUUCAUGAGCCAACCUCACAGCACUCGACUUCUUUGACUAAUUCCGCUUUCAAAUUACACGAUACAGCGAGCGACUCUCAAAUAAAGCAGAAAAUUUCAAAGGAGCCUGUGUCAGCAUCCAAAAUGGCCACUCCAAGACAUGGCGCGUCUUUGUUUACUCCCUCAACCUCUUCGCCCUUGAGCUUGUAUGUUUCAGAAAAAUAUCACUCCAAAGAUCAACAAAAAGGAGUAAAAUAUCAAAUGGACAGACACUCACAUGGUACUGACACCAGAAAGCAGGCUUCAACCAUUUCAGUUACUUCAAAGCUUACAACCCCACGUAGGAAUUUGAACUCAUCCUCAACUCCUUUACCUUCUUCCAGAGCCCUUUCCUCGAUUCAUUUUCCGAAACAUGUAGACGCUUACCAACAACCUCAAGUCCCUUUUCCGAGUCCUAAGCAUAAAGUUAUAGGUAUGCAGCACCUUCAGUCAACGCCAGCAAAUGCGUCUUUUCAUGCCGUAAAUCAGCCAAGAGAUAAUAUACUGAACAACAUAUCCGAAAUAGAAUAUUCUAAUCAACGGAAAAUUAGGUGCAGAGAGCAUUCACUACGUGCACCAAGUAUCGAAAACCUUACGUUUCGAACUCCGCGAAAUUUAGAAGGUGGUGCGCAAGGCAUUUCCUCACGCCAAGGUCCUCCGCUGAAGUCGGUAGAUAUUUCACCCAAUUCCACUAAAUUUACCAAUGAGAGCCUGAAAGGUAACACCAAGAGCCGCGCUAAGACUAGCUCAGUGGAUGAUGCGGCACAGGAUCUAUUAAAGAGACUUCGAAAUAAUGUCAUUUCUGCAUCGUAG